AUGACUGCUAUAGUAGGGAAACAUAAGUGUUACUCAUACAAUAUGAGUCCUACUAAUGGGAUGGAUAUGUGGCCUAAGGUUGAUGUUGAGGAUAUGUUUCCACCAUCCUUUAAGAAAGGUCCAGGUAGACAUAUGAAACUUAGGUUUAUGGAACAUUAUGAAAGUGGUUCUAGAAUGAGAAGGCUUGGUGUUAGUUACAGGUGCACUAAGUGUGACAAGAUUGGUAAUAACUCAAGAAAGUGUCGGAAUAAAGAACAAAACCCUGCUGCAUUAACGAGAAAGAGAAAAACACCUAGGGCUAAACCUGCUAAUAAAAAUUGA